AUGGGGAAGAAACAAGUGUGCCCACCCCGUGCCCUUCCCCCAGUUCCAAGCCAAGAUGAAAUUCCACUUAGUCGUCCAAAAAGAAAGAAGCCCAAAGGAAAAAAUGCACUGGAGGGUAUUGUUCACGCAGCUGUCCGUCGGCCAUCUGAGAGUAGCGAGCCUCUAACUCCUGAGGUUCAGGAUGCUCCACCUCAGAGGAAACGCAAGAAGAAGAGAAUGCCUCUUGAAUCUGAGACCUCUUUCACCCAGCAGAAUGUGCCCAACACAUCCUUUUUUCAGACUGGAAAUGGCAUGGAUCCCCAGCCCUCUGAAGAUACAGUGAUUCGUAAACAUCGAAAAAAAACAAAGAAGACUCGGCCAGCAGAAAUGCAAUGUUCCAAUGAACUGGGAGUGGAGGAAGAGGACAUUAUUGAAGAUGAACAAACAAAAAGUCCAGAUCAGCAACCUGUGUUUGCUGCUCCCACUGGUGCUAGCCAGCCUGUGAGCAAGGUGUUUGUUGAAAAAAAUCGGCGUUUCCAGGCAGCUGACCGCACAGAAUUGGUUAAAACCACAGAAAACAUUGAUGUAUUUAUGGAUGUAAAGGCUUUAUGGACCACUAGGGAUGUGGCACUCUCAGUGCACCGUGGUUUCAGGGUGAUUGGACUCUUUUCUCAUGGCUUCCUUGCUGGCUAUGCUGUGUGGAACAUUAUUGUAAUAUACAUUCUAGCAGGAAACCAGCUAUCCACUCUCUCAAACCUGCUACAGCAGUACAAGGCCUUAGCAUAUCCUGCUCAGAGUUUCCUUUACUUGUUGUUGGCUAUCAGCACAGUUUCAGCCUUUGACAGGAUUGACUUGGCUAAAGCAUCAGUAGCAGUGCGAGGCUUCUUGACCCUGGAUCCAGCAGCCAUAGCCUCUUUCUUAUACUUUGUUGCUCUCAUCUUGUCUCUGAGCCAGCAGAUGACAAGUGACAGAAUCAACCUCUAUACACCACCUUCGGAGAAUGGGAGCCUCUGGACUGCAGGUGCAGAGGAACAGAUUCUUCAUCCAUGGAUUGUGGUGAAUCUGGUGGUAGCUCUUCUAGUUGGACUAUCCUGGCUCUUCUUAUCUUACCGACCAGAGCUAGAUCACAGUGAAGAACUGAUGUUUCAUGCUGAAGUAGAAGAAUUUCCUCAGCUGGAUAAAGGCCUCAAUGUCCAGUCGUAG